AUGCAUACAGUUGCAUAAUGAGCCCUGACCAUCAUGGAACCACCACCGUGUUUCACUAUUCAUGUUAUUUUCAGUUUUCUUUUAAAUAAUUUUUUUUUAUUAUUUUUUUAGGGUCCUGCUUUAUUAUUUAAGGAGAGAAUCUGACCUUCCUGGAUAAUUUAAACCCAUAUGUGUAAUUUCUUUGCUCUAUUUGACGGUUUUACUCCGAAGUUCAAGCGUUUUCUCUCGUUUCUUUUUUUUUUUGCAGUGGAGCACUUUAUGAAUCUAGCUUGUUCGAGUGUUUUGGAAGGAGGAGGGACCAAUCAGGAGCUGGUUUUACACUGUUUACAUGAAAGUGGAGGCAAUUUUCUCGUAACACUGGAACGUUUGAUGCUUCAGGAGCCGAUUUUCCCCGAUGGCCAUCAUCUGAAAAAUUAUCACUACUCAGGCUCAGACAGAUGGACGAGAGAAGAGAAGCGUUACUUCAAUAAAGGGAUCUCUGCCUACAGGAAGGACUUCUUCCUGGUGCAGACGCUGGUCCGGACUAAGACUGUGGCUCAGUGUGUGGAGUUCUACUAUACGUACAAGAAGCAGGUGAAGAUCGGUCGUAACAGCAUCCUAACCUUCGGCCCUCCAGAUUCCCCCACAGGAAAGCACUCAGAGGCUGUGGUGGAGGUUAAGAGCUCACAGCUUCCAAAAGAGACUCAGGAAGAGGAGGAGGAUGAAGAGCAGAAAGAAAAGUCGUAUGAAAGCCAUGAGAGCACGGUGGCUCGGUCGCUCCGGGUUCACGACUAUGCAGGGACGGUGUUGGUGUUCAAAGAGCCAGAAGCCAUAAAAAAGGAGCCUCAAAGUUUUACAGUGUCGCCCAGAAAUCGGGCCGAACCCACAGCGAAGAAAGCCAAACCGCCGCCAAAACCUCCUCAGGAUCCCAACGCAGUGUUUCCGUGCAAGAAAUGUGGCAGGGUGUUUUCCAAAGUCAAGAGUCGCAGUGCCCACAUGAAAAGUCACGCCGAGCAGGAGAAGAAGGCGGCGGCGCUGCGUCAGAAAGAGGAGGAGGAGCACGCCGCCGCCGCUCAGGCUCAAGCCAGGAAGGCAGCGGCCUCUGCCGCCGCCGCUGCAGCAGCGAGACAUCUGGGCGGUAACGGAUGGAUGCAGAUGGCCGAGCUCAGCAGUCAGGAAGACACAUCCGAGGCCGAGGAUGACAACGAUGCAGACUGGCAGUGAAGCUAAAGAUGGAUUUUUGUGCAGCUUGUAGAGAUUAUGAACAAAGCUAGAGAGCAUGAGGUUCAGAAAGAAGGGACGAUAGAAGCACAAAAAGACGAUUUCCAAGUCUUCCUGUUUAUUUUUACACAGCUUUCCCGACCAAAACGACUGUCUGACCCACCACACUCCAUACCUGCUCUUUUAUUUUGGUAAAUGCACUUCUCUUCUUUCUUUUUUUAUUUAAAAAUAUCAAUUUUAUUUUACAUUUUCACUGUGGAUUCAUCAUAAGAUUGAUAUUUCACGAGUAUCUCAAUUGCAAUGUAAGAUCAAGAUCAUUAUUAUUAGCUUCUUCACCAAAGCGGCCUUUUUAUGUACAGAUGGAGGCGAUUGUAUGUUAAGCUCCUUUGAAUUUUGCAGAUGUUUGCCACGUUUUUAGUUCAAAUUUAUUCUUACAAUAGCAAGGGACCUUUGAAGUGUGCAUGGACAAAAAAAAAGUAUAUAUAUGAGACUGCCAUGUAUUUAUGAUACAGCAUUUGAAAAUUUUGUAAAGCGAAAUCAUGUCAGUUGAAGAUUGACUGGUCUAAAAAAAUUAUUAAAAAGUCUAUUUUAAAGAGUGAAUUGAA